ACAGGUUAGAACAAGCGUGUACAAGAUUGUGUUUGUUGACGUUAUUUCGCAAGUGACUUGAAAAAAUCGAAUGAAAAACUAAAUAAUUUGAAAAUCAAGCAAAAUGGCUGGCCAGUCUGCGCUCGGUGCGAAAACCCCUGUCACGGAACUGCAGGAAAUUUGCGCCCGCCGGAAGGUUCCACUUCCGAUCUACGAGAGUGCCGGCGAGGACAACUCGACACCGGCGAAGAUUUUCAGCACCUCGGUUACGGCGCUUGGCCAGACUUGUGUGGGCCACGGCCGCUCGAAGAAAGAUUCCAAACACGCUGCCGCGCUGCACAUGCUGAAACUGCUGGCCAGCCACGGCGAGAGUGGGAUCGACCUCGACGACCCGCAGCUGGCCAUCUCGUCGUCGGACAAAGUCAUGGAGGUGCGCGAUAUCUGCGUUCAGCGCAAUUUCGAGGUUCCAGAGUUUGAGUGCGUUCGAAGUUCCGGUCCGUCGCACGCGCCGGAGUUUGAGUUCGAAUGUCGUGUGGGCAACAUUGUCCGACGGGGCGUGCACAACACCAAGAAGGGGGCCAAACAGGUGGCCUGCAACGAGAUGUUGAAAACACUGCAAGCGAUGCCGGUCGAGGAGAACAUGAUGCAGGUGCAAUCGCUGGACCAGGCGGCAAAGAUGGACACCGACGACAACGAGCACAUUAUCCGAAACUAUCGCGAGUACAAAAACUCGGACAUCAAGAAGAAGCUGGGCGUGAAGAUCGCCGACCGGCACAACUACUUCGCCGAGUUGGAGGAAGCGAAAAUUGACGCCGCCCGGAGCUUGGCCAUGGACGAGACGAUGGACGUGCAGGAAAAGUGUGCGCUCAUUCCGCGGGCGCUCGGGCUCAAGUUUGACAUGAAGCUUGGGGACAGCCAGCUUCAGGCGGAAAACGGCCAGAAACUGUACUCGUUCGAGCUGAUGAACAGCGAGUACGAUUGUUUUAUCUUUGGACUGGGCAACGAGUUUUACGAGAGCGUUUACCGAUACUUUACCACGAUGCUAAAUUUUUCUUUCAAGCAGCGUUGAAAAAUGCUGGUUCAAACUGUUUUAUUUAAGUAUUUUAUUACUUGUGUUAUGUUUCUUGCUAGCAGAAGAAUUACACAAUAACACUGUAAGCAAGGAUAUCAGCUUUUGUGACGAUUCAUUAAUCGAUGUGAUUAUCAAAUAUAUCCAAAUAUGAUUUGAGCUAAUUCGAAAUUAAA